CAAGAGUGCCUGCUUCUGGGACGUUGACCUCCUGUCCUUCCUGUGUAGACACCGCAACUCUCUGUACCCGAAUUUGUGUCCUGCGUCAGCUGCGAUAGACGAUCGUCCUAACAUGUGGACUCUCCUUGCGGGCGCUGCCCUCCUUAUAGGCGCAUGUUCAGCUACAGAGCAAGUCAUCUUCAAAGACGUCGUCAUUGUUGGCGGCGGCGCGUCGGGCUCUUAUGCCGCGGUCCGCAUCCGAGACGAUUUUGGGAAAUCUGUGGCCCUCAUCGAGAAGAAAGGCAGGCUUGGCGGCCAUGUUGACACCUUCAUCGACCCGGCCACCGGCACUCCACUUGACUUUGGCGUAAAAUCCUUCAUUGAUGAGGGCAAUGCGACAGGAUUCUUUGAUCGACUGGGUAUCCAACGCAAGCAUGGAGCUCCUUCGCGCCUCAACACGACAUACAUUGACUUCCACGCUCGCAAGGUCGUGGAUUUCCGGCCACCCACCAUGGCCAAGCAGACGGAUGCAUUGAAGCGAUACCUUGCCAUUGUUGAGCCUUGGGAGCAUCUCAUCCAGCCCGGAUACUUCAAUUUUCCCGAUCCCAAUGCGAUACCAGACGACUUUUUGAUCCCUUACGGCGCUUUUGCUACGAAACAUAACCUAGAAGAAGCAACGCCAUUCAUAUAUCAAGUGACAGGCCUCGGACUAGGGAACAUAACCAACGAGCUCACCCUAUUUGUGUUGCAGACUUUUACUGCUGCCAUGGCCCGCUCGACGCUUGGACUGCAAGACUCCUUUGUUCCUGUGUCAGGGAGGAACCAGGACGUCUACGAUGCGGUGGCAGGCGUACUUGGGUCCGACGUCUUUUAUAAUAGUGAAGUGUUCGACGCAUUGCGCACGAGGAGUGGGGUACAACUUGACAUUAAAAACACGGAAACUGGACAUAUUACCACCGUCGAGGCCAAGCGCCUGCUCGUUGCCAUUGAGCCAACUGCCGAAAACAUGAAACCUUUUCACCUACAUCGUGAGGAGGAUGACAUAUUCCGCAAGUUCAAGUAUACGCGGAGAUAUGCCGGGAUUCUCGAUACAGAUCUCCUUGGAGUCAACGCAUCAUACUUCAACCUGCCCCUCAACGCCGCCCCCAAUAACUACCUUUCGUAUCCGAAGAUCCCCUAUGACGCACGAAUCGACUACAUGGGCGUCGGGCGUUACUUUCGCGUCAAUGUCAUUGGAGACGAAAACUUUGAGGAGAGCAGUGCUAAAGAGCAGGUGAAGUGUGACAUUCAGACACUGAUCGAUGUAGGCGUUGUUCCUGCUGCGGAUGAUGUGGCGGCGCUAGACUGGGCAGACUUCUCUGACCAUGGCCCAAUGUAUGCCCACGUAUCCGCGAAGGAGGUCGCAAGUGGGUUUUUCCAGAAACUUUACGGUCUUCAAGGGCGGUCAUCCACUUGGUGGGCGGGGGCAGCUUGGAGCGUUCACUAUCAAACCGCUCUAUGGGCGUACGUCGACGUUCUAUUGCCUAAGCUGAUGCAAGGCUUGUAACCGGGGCUUCCCCGUUUCAUACGCUUCACUUUUGACCCGAGCAUGAUUAUAUGGGUGGGAUAUAUAUAUUUCGACGGUAUUUAGCUGUAUAGCCCCUUCAAUGUUGCCCGCUUAGAACUGCUCGCGUAUAAAGUAAUU